AGCGUGCAAGAUUUUCGGCGAACGGUGGGCGUGAUGGCGGCGGACUUAAUGGCGGCCCGCGCCAAAAUGGAAGACGCUUGGCAGCCGCUGGCCGAGAGUGCUGACAAGUCCGCCGCGAACUACCUGGAUGGUUGGGCUCUUGCGGGGGCCCAGUCUACCGGGCCGCGGUUGAUGUGGAGCCCGCGCGCGAGCACCA